AUGUUGGUUGCUGGUUCUACCUCUGCAUGCGAUGUCUGCCUAGAGCCGUUCGGUGGCGAUAGCAAAGCACCGUGCACCAUCACCUGCGGACAUGUCUUCUGUGUAGACUGUCUCGCAAACAUUAAUCCCCCCUUGUGCCCUUUGUGCCGCAAGAUUUUCGACCCGCGAUUCACUGUCAAGCUUCACUUGGAUCUCGACAACGUCCGGGCACCUCCCUCCCCCAACGGCGCUUCUGCACCCAACGAUGAUGACGCCCGCCGACUCUACCAAGCCAUCUCGAACAUUGCCGAGGCAGGGUGUUCGGAAACGCAGGUUAGGCAGUUGAUUUCGGAGGGAAAGUCGUUCUUGCAGAAACAGCCAAAGGACUCCUUUAAGGAUCUCCGAACGCUUUACCGAAUGGUCGCUUACCUUUGCGAGGUGAAGACGACCCUCCGCGCUCAGAAUGCCGCAAACGAAGCACUCAAACGGGAACACGCUCAGCUCCAAGCCGAGAAGAACGAACUGGUUGCGAAGAUUGAACAGCAGUUGCGAGUACGAGAACAAGAGCGCCAGGCUGCCUGGGCAACCGAGAGUAGUUUGCGGGAUCACUGCACAAAAGCGCAUGAAGCGUAUGAGACUAUGGUGCAGCAAGUAAGUUACGAUUUACCGUCGCCUGAGGCUUUGGAUUGA